AUCGUGCAAUCAUACGAACUACAAAUAUGGUUGUGAUGGAAAGAAACGGGAAUUCGGACUCAAAUCAUCGGACGAAUGGGGCGAGUUCUGUGGCGGUAGUUCGAACAACAGCAACCAUUCAGAGGAUAGUUCAAGCAGUUCCGAGGAUGAACAUGUGGAUGAGUACAUCCUGUUAGCCAAGGAGCGUUAUGGCUACAACACGGAGCAGGCCCUGGGGAUGCUGUUUUGGCACAAACACAACGUGGACAAGUCCCUGGCCGACUUGCCUAACUUUACCCCCUUCCCUGAUGAGUGGUCCGUGGAGGAGGUGCUGUUUGAGCAGGCCUUCAGUUUCCACGGAAGCUUCCACAGGAUCAGACAAAUGCUGCCGGAUAAGUCUAUCAGCUGCCUUGUGAAAUAUUACUACCAGUGGAAGAAGACGAGGACUAGUACAAGUCUAAUGGAUAGCAAGCAAGGAAGCUUGCUGGAGGACACAAAGAGAAUGAGAGCCUCAGAGAUGGAAGAGAAACCCGAAGAGAAACGGGACGAGACAUUCGAUCCCGAAAAAGAAACCCAAG